AGGCUGCAGCUGAGAGCAGCCAGCCAGUCUCCGCAGUAGGGCGUCCAGAGCGUCCCGGGGGCGGGCGCGGGCGGCAGCGCAGGAGGGAGGCGAGCGCACAGCCGGGCGGCUCCGCAGGGCGGGCACCCAGCUUCCAACUGCCGGAGCAGGUGUCAUCACUGAACAUCCUAAAAUCACCUCAAUCCAUCAUGAACAUCUCUCAUAACCUGACCUUCAUGCGCUCAGGAUUCCUGCAGGGUCAAAACAGUAGCAACUCACAGGGCAUCUCAUAUAACAUCUACGAACACUGUCAGGAUUCUGUAGACUUCAUAAUUUUCAUUGCUAUUUUUUAUAGCAUUGAGACCAUUGUGGGGGUUCUGGGUAAUCUCUGCCUGGUAUGUGUGAUCAUAAGGCAAAAGGAAAAGGCCAAUGUGACCAACCUUCUCAUUGCCAACUUGGCCUUCGCAGACUUCCUCAUGUGUCUCAUAUGUCAGCCACUCACUGUCACCUAUACCAUCAUGGACUACUGGAUCUUUGGUGAGGCUCUUUGUAAGAUGUCAUCUUUUAUACAGUGCAUGUCAGUGACAGUGUCUAUACUCUCACUUGUCAUUGUGGCUCUGGAGAGGCAUCAGCUCAUCAUUAACCCAACAGGUUGGAAGCCCAGUAUCUCCCAGGCAUACCUGGGUAUUGUGGUCAUCUGGCUCAUUGCCUUCCUCCUAUCCUUGCCAUUCCUGACCUAUAAUGUUUUAGAGGGUGUCUUUCACAUGAAUCAUUCCAAGGAUCUGAAGUUUCUGGAAGAUAAGUUGGUCUGUAUUGAGUCUUGGCCACAGGACCACCACCGUAUUAUCUACAGCACCUUCCUGCUUCUCUUUCAGUAUUGUGUUCCUCUGGCCUUCAUUCUGGUCUGCUAUGUGCGCAUCUACCAGAGACUGCGGAAGCAGAGGAAAGUAUUUCAUAAGGGCACCUGUAGCUCACGGUCUUGGCAGAUGAAGCGAAUUAACAUGACCCUUAUGGCGAUGAUGGCUGCCUUUGCUGUUCUCUGGCUUCCCCUGCAUGUGUUCAAUAGCCUAGUAGACUGGUAUUAUGAGGCUAUUCCCCCCUGCCAUGAAAACCUUAUCUUCCUGGUAUGUCACCUGCUUGCCAUGGCCUCCACUUGUGUCAACCCUUUAAUCUAUGGCUUUCUCAACACCAACUUCAAGAAGGAAGUCAAAGCUCUUGUGCUGACUUGCCAGAAGAGAAGCCCUACGGAGGAGUCAGAACAUCUUCCCCUGUCCACAGUGCACACAGAGGUCUCCAAGGGAUCCACGAGGCUCAGUGUCAGAUCCAAUCCCAUUUAAGCAGAACUAAGACUUUUUGCUGCUAGCUAUGUGCAUUGCUAGGCUGCUCUCUCUGUUAAGAGGGCACAAUGUAAGCUGGGGAUGGCAUUUAAUAUUUAUUGAUUUGCCAGGGGCCCAUACAAACUGUCAAGAGCUGUGCAUUUCUGCAUCAUGAAGCAUAACAUUCUAUUGGCUCAGCUGUUUAACUCUGAGAGAAUUCUCAGUCUGAACU